AUGGGUAUAAAAGUAGUAAGAAAUCAAGCUAUAAUAAGCCAAAGACGGAUUUCAGGCAUGAGGAUCGGGUGGGGGCGGGGCUUCGGGCCGGGGGCGGGGCCGGCGCGCGAGCGAAUGGCGGUUCUUUUGGCUCCGCGGUUUCGCAGCCUCGGCAGCCGGAGCGAGCUUCCCGGCCCAGGGCGGAGCGGGUCGAGUUUCGUAAGCCGUAGAAGUGGCUUCUGCCGGAAAAGGAGGACAGGAUGUUCUGGUCUUUUCAAGCUACUCAGCUAUGGGAUGGGUAUUAUUCACUCCCUUCAGGCUCAAGUGGAAAUAAAAAGGAGGAGGCAUCAUUUAUGAACAUACAAAGACUGUUUUACUGGUUCUGAUGCUGUUGAUGUAGUAUUUCAUCUUAUGCAAAAUAUGUGCCUAAGUAGUAAUGAUCUCUCUCAUCUUAAAGGAGUUCGUCUUUGCCAAGUUCUAAUGAACCAUAAGGUAUUUCAACCAGUAGGAGUGAAGCUAUUCAAAAAUGAGAACGAAUUGGAAUUUGAAGAUUCAAAAAAUAGACUCUAUAGGUUUCUAGGCAAUAAAUCAACUUUUUUUUGCGAACGAAAAAAAGAUGCUGAGAAUGGAUUAACAGAUAAAAUCAAACCAGAAUAUGAAAUAAUUUGAAAUCCUCUAGCAGAAAUUGAUGAGAAAAGAAUUAAGGAACUUAUUCACGCAAAGAGUGGGAAUCUGGCUUUACCUCCAAAUAACACAGUUGACAAACCUGUUCUCCCGCUUUCAGAAGAAGUUUCCUUCUACAUAGCAAUUACGUCAAACAAGACAAUGUAUCCUCUGUCCACUGUGAUUGACAACUGGCUUAAUGCAGCAAUUGAAUGCGUGGAGUAUUUCCCUGACCAGUUCGUCGUUUCAGUUAGUCAGCAGUUCAUGCAAAACAGAAGUGAAGAGAUAAGACUGAAUAAACAGAAGAUACUCUUUGAUGUCAUAGUAAAAUAUUAUAAUCAAGAGAGAUAUUGCCUGUUAACUGAUGAGUAUUUUGAUAUUCGUUCAGGAAUUAUUGAACUUUUAGAAAGUGAGAAAAGAACAGAAGCACUGGAGGCAACACCUCUAAGAUUGCUAUUGCCCAACAUUAGAGAAGAAUUAGGACGGCUACUUACUUUUAUGGCUAUCGCAUCAGAGCCUAAUGCCUGCAAGUUACAAAAACAGUAUGUUAACAAAAUGGUUGUCCUGAAAACUCUUGCCAAAGCAGUUUUUCAAACCAAAUCAUUAUCAAAAGUACAGGCAGAACAACUCAUCUGGUUUCUACUGGAAUAUCACUCUGAGCUCUUCAAGACAGCAGUUACUUUAUUGGACCCGGUUAGUAAGAAACUGAAGAAACUUUUGCAUGGAAAAGAUCCAGAUGCCGUAUCAGGCUUCACAUUUUGCCAACGCCUGACAUACAAGGAAUCUGAAAAACACAAGGAAAGGACAACUCAGUUUCUUCACCAGUUGGCUCUUGAGAUUACUAAUAACCCCCGCAUCUCUUUGAAACAAAGAUAGAAAUUUAGGAGUUUCAAAACUAUCUGGAAGCUUUGCAUUAACAUUUCUGUGGCAGAAAACUACAAUUUGUAAAUGUAAACAAAUCUCAGGUGUUUCCUCAAACUACCACACUGACACCUCAGGGACAGUAUAGCCUCCAAGCAUUGUAAAUGUAAUCGUGCAUAAAAUGUCAAGGAAAGUGGUCAAAAGGUACAAACUUCCAGUUAUACAGUAAAUGAGUCCUGGGAUGUACAGCAUGGCAACUAUAAUUAAUAAUACUUAAUUAUAUAGUUGAACGUUGCAAAGAGAAAUCUUUUUUAAAAAUGUGAGGGAAGUUUUUAAUUUUAAAAGGGAAUAUAGGUUAAGUUCAUGUAUGCUGAUGUACUUAAUUAUCAUGCUGCUGAAGAUUGUGUUAAAUGUGCUACUAGAGAUCUGGUACAUAUACUAUCUUUAGGUUGAUUUUCCCACAGAAAAGGACAUUUCAUACCUGAUUUUCUAACUUUGGUUUUCUAACUCAAAGAAAUAAAUGUUGAGACAAAACUCUUCUCACAUAUAAUUUAUAUACAUAAUAUUCAAGAUUGAAAAACAUGCACUUUCCUUAGCAUAUAUAACUUUUAAGCUAUCCCCUUGGGCUGCUAUUACUUAAACACUGAAUCAUCUAAAUAGUGUAAGACUAAGAAAGUAGAUUUUAAAAGCCAUAAAUUUAAAAUUCAUGAAUAUCUAAAACCAUGAUUUUGCAUUCUCUACUACUUCUUUAGUCUAUAGAGUAUUUUAUGGCUUUCUUCUUUCCUCUCUCCUUCCCUCUUUCUAUCCCUCCCUCCCUUCCUCUUAAUUGGAGGGAGGUACUUGGGGUUUCCUUUUUAUUGUUGUGUGUAAGUCUGGUGGGGGAUUCCUCCUUAUUACUAUGAAUGGCUGGAAGUGUAUAUUACCAUGCCAUUGGAUCUGAUGAUUAGAAGAUUAUAUAUAACCUUAAGUAAAUAUCUUCCCUCUGAGCCUCAGUUUUGUUUUUUACUCUCUAGAACAGCGGUUCUCAACCUGUGGGUUACGACCCCUUUGGGGUUCAAACGACCCUUUCACAGGG